ACAUCAUCUGUCUGCCACGUUAAACAAGGACAACAACAACAUAAUAUCGCGAUGGCGUCUCCCGACAAGGCGUUAGAGAUCCAGAUGCAGGUUCGGCAGAACGCGUCGGAGAUGCAGGACUUCCUGAAGGAUCUGGACGACUGGGAAGACGAUAUCAAGAAGAAAGACGAACAACUGAAGACACAACAAGGAGGGCAUGAACCGGUCUUACCACCAAUAAGAAACAGAGCCACGGCCAAGAAGAAGAAGAAGAAGGUGAAGACAGAGGAGAAGAAGGAAGAAACAGGUCCAGGUCAGCAGAACGGUCAGCAGAAGAAAAAGAGGAUCAGUGGAUAUGACUACAGGUCAUGGGACAAGUUUGAUGUGGACAAGGAACUUGAGAAGCUGGAAGACGAACAGAAGGAGUCAUCCUCAGAGUACGAAAGUGAGAGUGACGGUGAGAAGGCCCUGGAGCAGCAGAGACUCUUGCAGCAGGCCCUCAUGGAGAAGGACAGGGGAAAUGCUUUCUUUAAGGAAGGGAAGUAUGAUGAGGCGAUGUCCUGCUACACAACAGGAAUGGAUGCCGACCCUCAGAACGCUGUUCUUCCUGCCAACAGGGCCAUGGCUCUGCUCAAGCUCAACAGGUAUGAGGAUGCCAUACGGGACUGUACUCUGGCAAUAGACCUGGACCCAACCUACACCAAAGCCUACCACAGAAGAGCCACCGCACGCAUGGAGCUGAACAAGCUGGAAGAUGCCAAAAGAGAUUUUGAGAAGGUCUUGAGUUUGGAGCCAUCCAAUAAGCAGGCCCAGACUGAGCUGAGAAGAAUAAAGAAGGCUUUAGAACCAGCCACCAAGCUAUCCGAGGAAGCCGUAGAAACCAAGAAACCAAAGCCACAGCCAAAGGACCUGCCUCAUGUGGUUCGACCAAUCAGCAAGCCUGUGCACUUAAGGUCAAAGAAACCCCUAAGGAGACUUGAAAUAGAGGAAAUCGGAGGUGGGGAAGACAGGAAAAUGUUUCAGCUGUCCACAAAUCUACAGGCAACAGAACCACCUUCAUUUUCCUCAGAAGAAACCUCACAAAGACCUGCUGAGAACUUUGAAAAGUUACAAACUGGAGGUGAAGAGAAGACAGCGAGAGAAAAUUUGAUACAAGAAGUUAAUGAUUCUCCAAAUACGGGUGUUCAACAAGUCAAUGUAAAUAGGACCUCUAAUGUAGAAAGAAAAAAGCCCACCAGCCCCAGGGGUCAACCACCUGUAGUGACCUCUGACCCCCCAGCUGUACCAGGUACACCUGUGACAUCACUACAGCUGCAGGCAGACUGGAGACGGCUGCACGGCCAUCCUCAACUUCUCUAUCAGUACUUCAAGCAAAUCCCUCCAUCCAUGUAUGUAAAGCUGUUUCAGCAGUCAUUAGAGUCAGACAUUCUCAACGGCAUCAUGGCACUUCUCAGGGACUUCUACUUACCGAACAAAGAUGAUGUGUACAGUGUGUUGAGCAGCCUGUCUGAAGUGAAGAGAUUUAACAUGGCCAUCAUGUUCAUGUCUGUUAAGGACAAGCAAGUUGUCUUUGAAGUAUUCAAGGGCUUGAAGUUGUUGGGUCAUCAGUCACAACAGGAUAUUGAUGCACUGUGUAAGAAGUAUGAAGUAAACCUAUGA